AUGUCGGAUGAGUACUCAGACGAUAGUUUAGACGAAUAUGGGAGAAAUGACUUUUACCGAUACACGAAUGCUCCAGGGACAGAGAGUCCUAAUCAGAGCCCGAUUCCUCCUGAUAACGAAUCUCCGCGGCAUCUUCCUCGCCAAUCUUACUUGGACAAUAUAAAUUUCGAAGAGCUGAACACGCUCGAAAGACCGAUGCCAAUGAAAGCUUCUGAAAACAGUCCAAGACCUUCUGGAGCACCCAGAGAGCAGCAAGAGCCGUUCGUAGAAACAUACUUUCGAAACUACGAAAAUGCAGCGUUCAACACUAAAGAGUCUGAUGUGACGCGAGAAGAGCCACCGCGCAAAUCAAUCCUGAAGCAGGACAGUUAUUACACAGAACAUGAAUUGGGAGCAUCGCAAAACGAAGAAUACUAUGCCGAGAAGCAAAAGCAAUACGAAAGAGAGUAUGCGAUUCUGCUUGAAAAGGAAAAAUUUCAAGCAGCGAGUAUGGAGACGCACAAGACUGUCCGAAAGAACAACAAGUCUCUCCCACCUAAGCCAGAAAUUGAGAAGCCAAAGAGUUCGCCUCCGAAACGACCGAAGGCUCAAAACUCACCGAUAAAACGAAGCAAAUCGCUGAAUAAACCAAGAUCUUAUGCGGAGCAGUUUUCAAACUCGCCAAAAAAGGAAGAGAGACACAGUUUUACACACAGUCAUACCCAGGCUGUAGAUCCGUUUUCCAUAUUUAAGCCUGUGCGGAAAACCCGUUUAGGGUAUCCAAAGCCAUCACCGAAACAUCACGAAGAAGAAUAUAUUCCGCAAUUCCAUCAGACAAGUAAAUACGUGAAUACAUCCCGAGAAGAUCUGGGAAAACUGCACAGGCCGAGCCAUCAUUCGAUGAAAAAACUCGUCGAGAGCUUCUCUAGGACGUCCUUUGACGAUAGCUUCGGGCCUGACUACAAUUCACAGGAAAACUCCUUCAACUACUUCCAGGAAUCGAAUAACUCAUACAGCGGGCAUCCCAGCAUCCCAGAAGGACAGGAUUCGUAUCGCCCACCUGAAAAGCAUAUAAGCCAGGCGGCGUUGAGGACGAUCAAUAGGCCGACGAUGCAGACUCAAGAUCCACCAAAGUCAAAAUCGCUGGAUAGCUACUUGGAAAUACAAAACGCGGCGAACAAGUCACCAGUCUACAAGAAAUACUCGGUCAAGGACUACAAAAACUUACAGCAACAACAGGGAAUCUACAGAUCUCGCGGACUUGGGCCCGAGAAGGCUCCUACUCAAGACACUCUCAGAUAUGAGAGGAGAAAGAACUUUGCCGAAGCUGUUCGAUACAUGAAUAAAGGGAAGAUCAAGCCGCAAGUUGAAGAAAAAAUUGACAUUAAGAGACUAGAGCUGGAGCGCAAACGGGAAAUACGUAAAAAACAGCUAGAGUAUGCUAAAUCAAUACCUCCGCCACCCAAGCCUUCAAAAAACCGACCUAAGAAGGCUGAAUACGCUCUUCCAGGCAGCAACGGUGGACGACAGCCACCCCCUACGUCAACGACUGACAUGCAUGGCGCCAGCAAUGCUGAAGAUUCUACUCUUGAUGCGCUGCUUUCCAGACAUAAGAACGAACAAGCGCGUGUCACUCGUUUACGAGCUCUUGUCAACAUUAAUUAA